AUGGCUGGCGGCGCUCCCAAUUGGCUCCAUGUGGAAACGGAGGAUGAAAAUCCGCGCCUGACAACUUUGUCCAGCUGCAUGACGCUCAGCGACGUCCAGUGCGAUGGCUAUAUCCGACUGCUGGCUGCCGACAUUUCGCUGGAGGACGAUGCCAAAGAGCCGAGCGCCACUCUAAAGGUGUUCCGCGGACUCAAACUGAAGCUGGAGCAGCCCCUGCCGGGCAUACCGACUGCGAUUGAGAGCCUCUACAUCGACGAAACGGAGCCAAAGACGCCGGUCAUUGCUGUGGCCAUUGCCGAGUCGGUGCUGUUCUAUCGCCACCUGAAGCCCUACUUCAAGUACACCAUUCCCGCCCUCGAUUCGGAUGAUCUGGAGCUGGAGGUCUGGCGCAAGCUGCCCGUCGUGCAGGCCGACACCCACAACGCCCUGCUGGAGUCGCUCAAGGGCAUCGACCAUGCCAAGCUGUCGAGGAAAUCGCAGCGCCUGCUGCAACUCACCGAAGCGGAACGUCCUGCAUUCAUUAAGACGCAUACAGACUCGGCUGUGGGGCGGGUGGGCAGCAUUGUGAUCAUGUGCUGCAUUAAACGCGUCUCCAGCGAUGCCAAUCCGCCCUCCCACCUGGUGCUGGCCACGGACACUGGCCACAUAUUCGUACUGGAGCCGCAGGGCUUCAACCUGGUGUACCAGGGGAGCACCUGCAGCUACGAGACGGCCGUUCCCAGCCUGCUCUCCGUGCAGGGCACCUAUGAGACGGACUUUUGCAUUGUGGUGGCCACCCGGAACGGCGGCGUCUAUCUGCUGCGAAAGUCCAACAGCGUGGGGCAGGAGAUCUUCAAGCUGAGCACACCGCUGACAGGUCUGCUGCUGCUGCCCAUCGACCAAACGAUACUUGCCUCGACGAUGGACAGCCGCUACCAGUGCUACUCGAAGCGGGGCAAGCUGCUCUACCAGGUGCAGCUGGACUCCCAGCCCGUCUGCAUCCUGCCACUUAAUUUGACGCAUCUGGGCAUCACGCUGGUGGCCGUGGCGCUGAAGGGGGGCGCCGUCAAGUUCUUCCUCCAGCGAUAUCAGGUGGACGAGUUCGUCCUGGAGGAGACUGUGGAUGCCAUGCUGUACGGACGCAUGGGCAUGGAGGAUCACGUGCUGACCCUCGUCACGCAGUCGGGCCAGAUGAUUGUCAAGAUACUGCGCCGCGUCUCGCGCUUCGAGCCGAAAGCGGAGGCCCUGGCGGGCAGACGCUUGGGGGCCAGCGACCACAAGCUCACCGAUGGCUCCUCGAUAUUGGACAAGCCCAAAAAGAGCUCCAUAUUUGUGGAGCAGGCGGCCCGCGAGAAGCAGCAGGCGAAAGCAACCUACGGCAGCUUUCAGGUGGAGCUCUGGCGGCUGCGGCACACGGCAGCACGUGCCACCAUCGACGCCAUCAACUCGUCGGAGAGCACGAUAUCCGGCGACCUGACGCACGCUCCCGUCAAGCUCUCGGCGGAGGUUUGCGGCAGCGGGCCCGCCUUUCGCCUCUACCUCACCGUGCAGAACCUGUCGACGUUCAAGAUGGCCUCCAAUCUGAUGGUUCUGCUACACGCGGAUCGACGCCACUACGCCAUACAACAGAGCCUGGCCAGGCUGCCGAGCGUCCUGCCGGGCAUCCCGUUGCGCGUCGACUUCGAAGUGGUUGCGGUGCUGGAUGCCCUGGACAAACUGCCGCCCCCCAGCCUCACCCUGGACAACUCCCUCAUCCGCGUCAUGCUAAUGAAGGCUGGCCAGGCCAAGCCACUUAUUGCUGCCGCCGUGACCAUGCCCCAGUCGGAGGCAGCCUUCUGA